CUACGACGGCUGUUCCCACGACGGCUGUUCCCACGACGGCUGUUCCCACGACGGCUGUUCCCACGACGGCUGUUCCCACAACGGCUGUUCCCACGACGGCUGUUCCCACGACGGCUGUUCCCACAACGGCUGUUCCUAAGAUGGCUGUUCCCAAGACGGUUGUUCCCAAAGACGGUUGCUCCUAAAGCAGGCUGAUCCUCAACGACUGAUCCUAAGCAAGUUAUUAAGGUGUUCCUCAUAUAUUAUAAGGAUCAUCAAUGUUCCGGAGAAGGAACAAUGCAUGAAGCGUUCAAGCGAAGCUUCAAAAGGUGCCAACAUAGAAGCUACAACAUAUGAGUUUAUGUUUAGAUUUUAUGUAAGUAUUUUAAUAACGUUUAUGCAUAAUAUGGAACAAAAGGAACACGUGUGUUUUAAUAUGUUUGAGAAAAUAGUUUUUGUAAAUAAAAUAAAGUUUUAUAAAGGAAAAUCUUUUGGAAAAUAAAUAAAACGAUUUUGAGAAAAUCAACAUUGGAUUCUGAUUUAGAAUUCCUUGUUUCCCAAGAAAAGGUUUUUACUUGUUCCUAAAACUACUCCCACUAUUUUCUCUAAAAUUGAACGUGUUAAAAGUGGUUUGAAGAAGUCUCCCUGUUUCUCUCAAUCAACGUGCACGUUACUGCUCCCAGUAACUGUUAGUGGCCGUUGAGGGGAACAUGGGAAACUGACCAAGAAAGUUCUUCUAUAAAAGGAAAAGGUUUUUCAUUUCUCAAAUCACAACUGACAACGUGCAAUAUUUCUAAAGAACUUAAGAGUUUUUAUAAAAAGUCAGUUUGCGAAAGAGCGUGUUCCUAAAGUUCCUUUAUUGUACAUAAGCUUUAUUGAAUACUAGAGUUUUCAUAAUUCGAGUUGUAAUUGUGGGGUUAAGGAUCGAGUGAUCCUUGAGUUGUGGGGUUAAGGAUCAAGUGAUCCUUGAGUUUUGAGUGUAAGGGUUGAGUGAUCCUUAAAGUGACUUAGAGUCAAGUCAGCGAGAGAGUGUGAAAGGAGCAAGCACAGUAAUCAACGGGGAUUGCUGUGAGGAACUCGUGUUCAAGUGGAACUCGAGUUAUUGAGUGUGUUGUAUUCGAGCGAUUACAAUAUAUAAAAGAGUUUGAGGUUUUCGCUUCUUGAUAAGGAUCAAGAAGUUUCCUCAGUUUUCACAUUCUUCGUACUAAUUUGUUAGUUGUUCCUUUAAUUUCUAAAUUCCGCAAAGGAACACCCUAAGUUCAACGAAACAAUUCACCCCCCCCUCUUGUCAGUGUUCCUACUGGAAUAUCAGUUGGUAUCAGAGCGGGAUCUCACAAAAAUACAGGAAACCCUGUUGAGAAAAAGUUCCUGGAAAGUAUGAACACUCACGAGAAACUCGAAGAAGGUUAUUCAACUCAAAGACCUCCAAUGUUCAAUGGAAAAUUCUAUACAUAUUGGAAGAACAGAAUGGAGAUCUUUAUCAAGGCAGAGAACUAUCAAGUUUGGCGAGUCAUAGAAGUCGGUAACUUCGAGGUAACAAAAACCAAUGCUGAAAAUGAGGUAGUUCCUAAACCUAUUUCUGAAUUUGUGAAAGAAGAUUUUGAAAAAUAUGAAAUCAACGCUAUGGCUGUUAAGAUUUUGCAUUGCGGCCUUGGACCUCAUGAACACAAUAGAGUUAUGGGGUGCAAGAGCGCAAAGCAAAUCUGGGAUCUCCUUCAAGUAACACAUGAAGGAACAAAUGAGGUCAAACGUUCUAAAAUUGAUUUACUGAUGUCUAAAUAUGAACGUUUUGAAAUGCAUCCACAAGAAACAAUUCAGGAGAUGUUUACUCGGUUCACUAACAUUACUAAUGAACUUGUUUCCCUUGGAAGAAUUAUUCCCUCUGAUGAACAGGUUAGGAAAAUUCUAAGGAGCAUGCCUCAAGAUGAUCGAUGGAGAACCAAGGUCACUGCAUUGUUUGAAACCAAGGAUUUCACCAAAUUCAACAUUGAGCAGCUGGCAGGAUCCUUAAUGACACAUGAACUACAUCUAGGAUCAGCUGUUCCUGAGAAUCCCAAGAACCAAGGUCUUGCUCUCAAGGCUGAGGAACUGGAGGAUUCAGAACCGGAUGAAGAAGAGGCUGCCACUUUGGUCAGAAGGAUGAAAAGAUUAUACAGAAACCUCAGACCGGGAAAUCAAAAAGGAAGGAACUCCGGAAGAAGAACAAUUGGUUCCAAAUCCGGCCAAGGAUGCUUCAAAUGCGGUGAUCCAGACCAUCAAAUCCGGGAGUGCCCUCAGUGGGAAUAUGAAAAAGGAAAAGGAGAGGAUCGGCUCAAAGAAAGAUGCAACAAACCCACCUUUUCCAAACCCAAAAAGGCAAUGAUUGCAGCAUGGGGAGAUGUUACAGACUCGGAGGACGAUGAUGACCAACCAGAAAAAGAAACUGCCAACCUGUGCCUCAUGGCAAAGAUUGAUGGAACAAUGCAAGAUCCAUCAAACGAGGUAAGUUUCACAGCCUCUCAAUCUUUGUCUAAUAACAGGUUAAUUGAAUCACCAAUUGAAACUCUAGUAUUUCUUGAAAAGCUUAGUGUAGUAAAGGAACAAAGUAAUAAGGCAUUGGAGCCCAAUAAAGAUCACAUGACCUACCUAAAUAAUGUUAGAUAUGAGGUACAAGGUAGGUUCUUGGAAUUGCCUGUCAGGAACAACUCUCUUAAAGACUCUUUUAGAAGAGUUAAAAAUGUACAUACUAUUCUUGAUGAAACUAAUAAUGCUAAUGAAGUUCAGGAGAGGAAGAAUUUCGAUAUUGGCUUGAUUCGCCUUACAGAUAAUGAUGAGGAAGAUUCUCCAGCGGAACUACAUAAGAAAGAUCAAGGAGUUCCUAUGCAAGAGGAACAAGCAGAAAAUCAGGGUGUUCCCAUGCAAGAGGAACAAGCAAAAAAUCAAGGUGUUCCCAUGCAAGAGGAACAAGCAGAAAAACAAGGUGUUCCUAUGCAAGAGGAACAAGCAGAAAAUCAAGGUGUUCUUAUGCAAGAGGAACAAGUAGAAAAUAAUCUGGAAUUUCAAGUGCAAGAGGAACAAGUAGAAAAUAAUCUGGGAUUUCAUGUUCAAGAGGAACAAGCAAAUCAGGAGGUUCCUAUCCGAGAGGAACAAGCAGAAAAGACUGGAGUCUCCGUUCAAGAGGAACAAGAGGGACUCAAAUGGAUGCUCAGGAACAAGCUUGAUGAACAUGGAACAAUAGCAAGCCUUUACGGAAAUUAAGUUGUACCAAAUGGACAUCAAAAAUGCUUCCCUAAACGAACAUUUAGAAGAUGACGUCUAUGUGGAACAACCUCCUGAUUCUAAAUAUCCUGAAUUUCCAAACCACAUCUAUAAGCUUGACA